CCCACCGCGCAAAGCACGAGAUCUGCUUCGCUCGCCCAACCUCGCCCUCCGCCGGGCCGCUCCCCCAUGCCACCGCCGACGAGGAGCCCGACCACGGGGCCUCGGCGGCGCGCCCUCGUGCUCACUCUCCUCCUGCUUCCCCUUCUGCUGCUCCUCCUCCACCUCACCUCCUCGCGCUCGCGUCGGCCCCUCCUCCCCGCGCCCCGCAAGCCCUCCUCCCGGUCCCAGGCCUGCGACUACUCCGCCGGCGAGUGGGUGCGCGACCCCGUCGCGGGCUCCUCGCUCCGCUACGACCACACCUGCAAGGAGAUCUUCAAGGGCUGGAACUGCAUCGCCAAUGGCAAGACCAACGCCCGCGACCUGCUAGGCUGGCGGUGGGCGCCCGCUGGGCCCGGAUGCGAGCUCCCUCGCCUCGACCCGCGCCGGUUCCUGGAGCGCCACAGGCACACCAGUAUCGGAUUUGUGGGUGAUUCGUUGAACCGCAACAUGUUUGCCUCAUUAGUCUGCAUGCUGAGGGGAGUCAGUGGUGAGGUUCGCAAAUGGCGUCCUGCAGGGGCAGACCGUGGAUUCACCUUCCUGAGCUAUAACCUCACCGUGGCAUACCACAGGACAAAUCUCUUGGUACGCUAUGGUAGAUGGUCAGCAAAUCCAAAUGGAGGCACUCUAGAAUCUCUUGGAUAUAAGCAAGGUUACAGAGUUGAUGUGGAUAUUCCUGAUCAAACAUGGGUAGAGGCAUGUAGCUUCCAUGAUGUUCUUAUUUUCAACACUGGGCAUUGGUGGUGGGCACCCUCGAAAUUUGAUCCAAUACGGUCACCAAUGCUUUUCUUUGAGAAGGGGAAGCCGAUUGUUCCUCCUUUACUGCCACCUGCUGGACUGGAUUUGGUUCUACAAAACAUGAUAACGUAUGUGAACAAAGCAAUGAGACCAAACACAGUGAAAUUCUUCCGCACUCAAUCUCCUAGACAUUUUGAAGGUGGUGACUGGAAUGAAGGUGGAUCUUGCCAACGCAACCUGCCCUUAUCGUCAGAAGAGGUGGAAGAUUUUUUCUCUUUGGACAAUAACAGCACCAAUGUAGAAACACGCUUGGUAAACCAACACUUGGUGAAGGCUCUUGAACAGUCAAGUUUCAGAGUUCUGGACAUCACUCGCAUGAGUGAAUUCAGAGCUGAUGCUCACCCUUCAACAACUGGCGGGAAAAAACACGAUGAUUGCAUGCAUUGGUGUUUGCCAGGACCAACGGACACAUGGAACGAUUUGCUAGCUUUGAGCCUUGAAGCAGUUGAGAGCUAGUCUGAGAAAUAAAACUCAAGAGCUCACCUGAGGAAUUAUCCCUAACUUCAUUUUUUUUUCCGGAAUAUGAGUAUGAAGUAUGAAUCCACUGGCAGAAUAGAGUUUUUGCUGGAAGCUGGUUUUAGGGCUUUUGCUGCAGCUUGUUAAAUAUAGAGGGGAGCAUUUUCCCCACUUGUAUUCUUGACCCUGUAUAUUUUAACAUCACUGUAGAGUUCCACUGACGAUAUACAAUGCUAUAUUCGAAGAGUCCAUUUUGUAUGUUUGAAA